AUGUCCUACAAAUACACUGUGACGGAGCGCAGGCGGAGAACCACAAACGCCGGUGGUUACGGGUAUUCAGGUAGCAGGUCAACGCUUGGAUACUGGGUACCGCUAGUACUCACCGUGACUGCUGCAACGGUCGGCUUGGCAGCAUGGAUUUGGAGUGAGCGCCGCGAUGACGAGGAGGACUCAAGUGACGAAGAACAAUACCCGGGAGGUGUUCCGCCGCCUGACUAUGCGAGCAUGAGCGGAGCGGUGCCUCCUGGUCCAGCAGCACCUGGUGGCUUUCAAGGUCCUAUGAUGCCUGGACCUCAGCAGCCUGGAGGGUUUGUGGCUCCAGCACCCGGGGAAUUCCAGGGCCCGCCAGGUGCACCGCCCGGCUUCCCGGGCAACGAGACACAGUACACUACCGCUCGUUCGACUGCAGUGGAACAGCAAGAAGGUUCUGGCUUGGUUGCCAGAAUGUCCAGUGCACUUGGCUUUGGCCGAUCGACGACGCCUGUUCAGGAUCCUUCUCAGGGUCAAGGCCAGUCAUACGACUGGGCGAAUAACCCAAUCUCGUCCGGAGUUGCAGCAGCGGGGGCGAUGUUCGGUGCCGCCAUCAGCUCGUUGAGCGGAGGAGGCCCUGAGGCCUAUGAAGACCACGAGCGGUGGAGUGAAGAAGCAGAACAGCGAGACAACGAAAGAGAGAGAAAGCAAGGCAUACGGCGCCGCGGUACGGCGGAGGAGUUCUUUUCCGGAGAAGUUGACAUUCCGAAAUAUGCAUCUAUCGCAAGACAAAAGAGGAAGAAUGUUGCCGUUGUCGUGUCUUCGGUCGGUCCAGCGCUUGAUGAUGAGUCCGACGAUGCUGAUCACGCCUCUAUGCUCGCACAUCUUGCGGAAUAUAUUGACCCGGACACGACAAGAGUCUUCGUUCUCAUUUAUGCUCCCAACCUCAAGGACCACCCGCUCUGUCCAAUCGCUGCAAGGAGAGCGUCACAGUCCAUAACAUCGUCAUUUUCAAAUAUCAGCCAGACAGACGCUCAAACACCGGCUCACACCCCAGGGGAAUUUCCCUCCAGGACCGACGAGGCCAUUCUGGCACAUGUUGAUCCCAUGCCGAUCGACGAACCACCCUCCCUUUACAAAACUCUCUACAGCCAAGCGCUAGAGAUUGUAGACCAGGAGACUUUAAUCUUACCUUACACCACCCCUCAUGGCCACAAACACAUCUUACGAAGUCUUGCUCCUGAGACAGUCUACAUCCAGGAAUCCCUCUGCGGACGAGAUGGAGAAAUUGUGGCAGAUCUUUCCGGCUGGGUUCGGCAGACAGUUGUUGUGAUCGGUGAUGAAGGUGGUCAUGGUGGAUUGGUCGACACCGACGAUGAAUCGGUUGCCCAAAAACCACAGACAUGGUGGCAAAAGGAGGAGCGGACCGGUCUUGGAAAACGCGUCGCAGUGGUGGAGAGCCUCAAGGUUGGGGAGGACUGGCAAAGACGUGUGGACGGGAAGGACUAG